CUCUUGCUUCUGACAUCAUUUCCUGAGCACUAAAUUCACUGAGCUCUGUAGCCAGAUCGUCUCCUCAGCAUAUGAUGCCAGGAGCUCUUCGAGAUGGAUUUCAGCUCUCCUUUGACUCUGCUCUGCUUGCUGGUGAUAAUAACUGUUACUCAAGGCUCUGCCAUCUGGACUGGCGUGCUCAGCGGCGACUCAGCAAUCUUUUCUUUGGAAAUCCAAAGCCUGCAGAACUUCUCCAGCAUGAGCAAGGAGGACAAGAAAUGCUCUACAACUGUCCUAAAUGAUACCUUGUUGGCCAAGUGUGGCACUUCUGCCAGCAGAUGGCUGAACUUAGAGAAUGGCUCCCUGGUGCUGAGGAGUGUGGAGAAAGAUGACGAAGGAAAAUACGGAUUUGUUUUUCAGAACACCGCCAGAAAUUUUACACUGGAAGUGUUUGAGCCGACCAUUGGUAUCCAGUGCUUCCCUGACGGAACUGCAGAGCUGUCCUGCAACGUGGCCAGCAACGAGAUCCUGGUCUUCAGGUGGCUCCUCAAUGGCACCCACCUGAAAGCCGAGGGGGCUUGCAUUAAGGAUGCUGGGAAGAAGGUUCACCUGGGCAAAACCGAGCCUGGGGAGUUUGUGUGUGAGAUUUUGAAGGGGAACAGUGUCACAAGGACCAGGCCCAUUACGCUGUCUUGCAGCUACGACCUGCUGCGGUACCCAGGGUUCAUUUACAUCCUGGCAGGCUGUGCAGCGGGUGCGCUCAUCCUGCUGCUGGCUUUGCCUGCAGCCAUAUGUUGCUGCAUGAGGAAGAGGAGACACAAGUUCAUCCCAGUGCCUUCAGAGGAGGAGAAGGAUGAUGGGCUAACAAUGUCAGUGGUGUCUGGGGAAGGCACGAAGAGCCCCCCCAAUGGAGACCGCCUGGAGGCUCAGAGUGACCGUCCUGCCAAGCCUGAUGCUGCCCAGAUUGGUCAAGGUGUUGAGCCCCAGCCAGUGGCAGAAGAAAACCUACCAGUGCAGAUAGAAGCUGAGGAAAUGCCAGAUGCUGAGGUCCUAGUUGAUAUGGAUGGCCAGGAAGAUGCCUCAGACUGUUUCCCAGAUCCAGCUGAUGACUGAUCUGACACGCUUGCUGUUCCACCCUGAAACCUGUGACACUUGUCCUUUGCAUCCCAUAGUCUCACUGUGUCUGGAAAAUUUUAGCAGGGGAAAGAAGUGAGGUGUCAAACCUUCUGACUUCAUUCAAAACAAAAAAAGAAAAUCCAGAGAAAAGCACACACGUGGCUUCAAGGCCUGACAGGUUCACCAACAACAAAAGGGGCAGCUCUGUGAUGCUUUGCCUGGUAACAGAGCUGCAGCUAAACUGAGGAGCCCAGGGGACAGCCUGGGAUGAGAGGGCUCCUCCUGCUCCCUGCCCACCCCAUGCCCUGCCUGCCUUUGCAGGCACUACAGACAGCUUGAGGUGCUUGCCAGAAGUUUCCUGAGAAAGCCUCUUCUCUUUCAGGAGACUUCAGGGCAGUUUUUUCCCCGGCCCUGCCAAGGAAGCUCAGAGGAGGUCUCAGCUGGGUACCCACUGUCCUGGGUGCUCACCUGAGUCGCUCCUCUGAGCUCCAGAUCUGGCCCUCACCUCUUGCUGCCUGGAGCAGGAGCAGUGAAAUUUGCAGGGCUUGAAAUGUGCCAUUUGCAGAUGCUGUGUGCAGAGCUGGGGUGGUGCUGGCUUUGCUCCCCUCUGGGUGCCCCAAAUGACAGAGAGUCCAGGUCACUUCUCCCCAAAAUCCGACUGCUUGGGCUGCCCCCGAGCUAUCACUCGCUUGCCUGCAGCAGGAGGGGGCUUGGGGCUGCAAUUUUGGCAGAAACCUUGAUUUUAAGGCUGAGAUUGUUUAUCAAUGCAAGCAUUAGUGCCUUUAGUGUGAUAGUUUAGCUACUGCAAGCUGGUGAAGCUGGCCAUCUGCCUGUGCCUGUAGGCUUGUUUGGGGCUGUGCUCUUUGCACAAACAGCAGAAAUUUAUAGGAUCUCUUAGGUAAGUCUUGCUGCUAGGCUUGUCCUGUUCUGCUCAGGGGAGCUGUGCCUGUGCAGCAGCUGGGUCAGACCUGCAGGGAAGAAGGAUGUGGUGAAGAGAGGGCAGGGAUUCUGUCUCAGGCAGCUGAAUCCCAGCAAAGCUGCCAGAGAGUGCUGCAGGAUGUGCUGCCAGAGCAAGGUAUUUACUGCAUGGGACAAUUUUAGUAGUCAGAGUGAGGUGGUAAAUUGGUUGUUAGUGUUAAAUUGGCCUGCUGGGCUAGAAAGGCACAGUGGUAAAAGCAGAGAUGGUACAGACUGGGACCAAAAGGGAUGGGGAGCUGCGUUCUCUCCUUCCUUGUCAUUUUGUCCCUGUUUUAUAUUGUGCUGACACUGUGAAUCCCUUGGAAAUGGAUUGAAGGUGUGCCUGGUGAAAGCCAUCCAACGAGGGAUGAGCAUCCCAGCAGAAUCCAAACUAAACUGAGAAACUGAGGGUUUGUUUCCCAGGGAGGGAGCUGGAGGGUGGCUGCACACUCACCUGGGAGUCCUUCAUCUCUGCUUGCUUGCCAAGGCUCUGCAUCAGUGACACCCAGCCAUAGGUGACUGUUCUCGCUGUUUCCUUGUCCUGUGACUCUCUUUAGAAGAUGUUUGGCUCUUGUGUGCUGUGUUGGUGGUGAUUCAGCCUGUCUCUGCUUUUAAAGGCUGCCGCAGGAAUCGGGCUUUCCACGGUAAGAGGGAGGCGAUAAUUCUUUUCUUUACGGUGCUGUUCUAACUCCUUUCAGUACAAACAUUCCUCAGAGGCUGUGAGUUGAAUGACAAAAGAAGUGGCAUGGCGUGCUUGGGGUGGCAGUACUAAAGCAGCAGUGAAUGUCACCGGGCCAGUGUCACCAGAAUGGGAGGACACAGCUUUGCUUCACUGCUGCACUUUCUGGCAGGGGCAGGAGGGGACACUCGACUCCAGCACAUGAUUCAGAGGCUGAUCGGUGCUCUGAGCUGCCCUGGAGAAGACAACUGUUCACUGAGGAUGAGAGAGCUGGGCCAGCCUUGUCCUGCUGGGCUGGGGCAUCCCAGCUCCGGUUUAUUCUAGUGCUGCCUUCCUGCUGCCAGCCCCAGGGCUGGGGGUGCCCAUCACCACUGUUAUCACCCCUGUCACCCCUGGAAGGAAUUUUCACAUAGAGAGGUGAGAGGUCUUUGUGAAACAGACUGAACCAGGGCUGGUUUUCUGUCCUUUACCACUGAAAGUGCCAUUCCAAAGGGACAAAAGGUUCUGUUACUGUGAGGUCCGGAGAGAAGUGAUGCAGCCUGUGCUCCUCCUUUAACUGUAUAUCUUCAUGUCCAUCUUUUCUCUUUCUGGUGUCUUUUUUCUUUUUCCUUUCCACUCGUGAUUCAUUUUGUUCCAAAUAAAAAGAUCUGUUUUCUACCUUG